CCACACAGAGGGCAUUUACAGACUGCUGCACAGCGCCGUCACAAGAUAACCAAACGCACCUCGUCUCGAACAACACACCACCAUGGACCUCCACCGGACCAGUAUAUUGAACCAAAUGGAUUACAGUCGGGAGUCUAAAGAAGGGAAGCCGGCCCAGUCGACAGAGGAGCGGCUCGACAGCGGUCUCGACUCGUUGAAAGAAGAGGAGUACCAGGCUGUGGCGGCCGAGAUCCGUCGGCUCCAGCUGGAAUGUGAGCCUCCGCUGCACAAACAAGACCCCGCUGUAACCGGAGAGCUGCACGAAUGGAAAACACAGAUCACAGAGGACGGAGACACGCUUCUCCACCUGGCCAUCAUCCACGAGGCCAAGGACUACAUCAAAACCAUGAUAGACCUGUCCAGGAACACAGACUUCCUCAACACACAAAAUGACCAGCGACAGACUCCUCUCCACUUAGCAGUGAUAACAAACCAGGCGGACGUAUGUCAGGGCCUCCUGCUAUCCGGCUGCGACCCCACGCUGGUGGACGACAGCGGGGACACGCCGCUUCACAUCGCCUGUCGCCAUGGUAACCUGCUGUGCUUCAGUGUGAUCACACAGUACUGUCAGCCAGAGAAUCUCCACACGGUGAUGGCAGCCUGCAACUAUCAUGGUCAGAACUGCCUCCACCUGGCCUCAGUUCAGGGUUUCCUCUCACUGGUAGAGAGCAUGGUGGAUCUUGGAGCUGACAUUAAUGCAAAGGAACAGCGUAACGGGCGCAGUGCACUGCACCUGGCCGUGGACCAGCAGAAUCUCUCAUUGGUGAAACUGCUGCUGAAGAAAGGCGCGGACCCCAACCUCCUGACCUCUGGAGGUCACACUCCCUACCACCUCACCUACGGUCGCGACAACGACGACAUCAGGCAAGAGCUGUACUCGCUGACCAAAUCUGACCUGAGGGAGCUGCCUGACAGCGAAUCAGACGACAGCGAGGAAGAGGAGGACGAGGAGUCUGAUGAGGUGGGUUAUGACGACAUUCAGUGGAAUGGACAUUAGCUGGAAAUGACAGAGGAGGAAGUUACAGAAGCUGCGGCAAUGACUGUAAAGGGCAAGAGAAAUGGCUCGGCAUGUCUACUGCUUCCUGCAAUAACGUCAUAAGCCCGAUAGUGUGAAUGACACGGCACGGGCGUGACCAAUGACAAGAAAGUGGUGGACAGGCAGCAGUGAAGGAGAAUCAGACGGAGACCGAUGGCCGAAUAAACCAACGAGUCCACGGCUCCAGGCUGCAGGGGAGCAAGACGCACGCUGAGAUGUGAAUACAUGACACAUUAUGAUGGGGGAUUGCUUGUAUUUUGUGGACACUGCAAAUCAUUUGUCACUGAAAACAUCCAUCCACACAGAUGUACCUGUAACAGCUCUGUUGUAUGAUAUUGUAAAUGCUGUGUAUACAAAGAUGUAUAUUUUAUGGAAGCUGUGAAUGUGUACAGUUGAGUAGGUUGUAUAUGUCAGACAGCAAACCAGCACACUCCAGUUAAAUUAAAAACACUCAUAUUUAACAGUAAAAA